CUAGAAUGCUCGUCAAGAUGUCUGCUGUGUCGCGCAUACUCUCCUUGUCGGCUCGUCUUUCUAAACAAAUUCACAGAUUACAACACAAAGAGAGGGUAAUUCGGGCAUGCACUAGUUGUAUACAAAGAUCUCAGUGUACAUUAGCUAGUCCACAUGAAGGAAAAUCCUACUCUCCGAAGAUCCAAAACAUUGUAGAUGACAUUGGUCAAUUGACACUGCUUGAAGUGGCAGAGCUGAAUGAACUAUUAAAGACCACGCUGAAAAUUAAAGAUGCUCCAGUCAUGUCAAUGGCUGGUGCUGCUUCUGCAGCUCCAGUUGCUAAGGAAGAAGAGGAAGGAGUAAAAUCCUCAAGAGAACAGACAUCAUUUGAUGUUAAACUAAAGGGCUUUGAUUCUGCUAAAAAGAUUGCACUUAUAAAAGAAAUCAAGAGUGCUUGUGGCCUCAAUUUAGUUCAGUCAAAGAGUUUUGUGGAGUCGACACCACAGGUGGUGAAAUCUGGUAUCUCAAAAGAUGAAGCAGAAAAAUUGAAGGCAACAUUGGAGGCUGUCGGAGCCUCUGUGGAAGUAAUGUAGAGAAACUUUUAGGACUCGUAGAUAUUGGUAUUGUCACUCUGCAGUAUGAAAUUUUUGUAUUUGUGAUAUAAAAGUGAUUUGUGCUGAUA